CUCGAAAGGUAUAAAUAUAUAAGCUAUUGGCCACCCCCAUGGCCACACGCUACACAUCCACCCGACCGUCCUCCUCGUCCCGAACCCGCCUCCCAAAAACAGAACAACCUUAACACCCAUCCUCCAACCCCACCAAGCUAAUAUGUCUAGUACCACCGCUCCCGAGUUGAACACACCGGCCUCACUUCCAGCCAAGCCUUUGAGUCAGCCCACACCCGCUGAACAUUCGGUCUACGUCGGUGACUUGCCUGCAAACAUUACCGAAGAAGAGCUGAUCAAAGUUUUCAGUCAAGCCUCCCCAGUGCUAUCAGUCCAGAUCAAAUUCCCCAGCAGAAGCGUUAAAGGCCCACGAGCCUAUGCCUACAUUGCCUACUCUUCCGCCGACAAAGUCGAUGAAGCCAUUAGGGAAUACAAUCACACCAAAUUCGCUGGAAAGCCAUGCCGCGUCAUGAAACCCAAGCGAGGAAUUGUGAAAGGCCCUCCUGAGGCCAACGUGUUUGUGCAGGAUUUACCACUCGCCCUAAGUGCCCUUGCAUUCCACGAUACCUUUGCCGAAUUCGGAGAGAUCUUAUCUUCGCGAUUGUCAGUGGACCGUGAAAAUGUCUCCAAAGGUUACGGAUUCAUCCAAUACGCAACUGUCGAGCAAGCUCAGGCAGCCAUUGCAGAGACCAACGGCUCGCUUCUUGAUGUUGCAGGCGGCGAGAAGCCAAUUCGCACUUCCAUAUUCGUCAAGAAAGACGCCCCUUCAAGCCCAACUAGCCGUGCCGCCGCUCGAGAAUUCAAGAACUUAUUUUUCAAGAAUUUACCCGCCGACAUCACGCUAGAGGCGUUCAAGGCAACUUGGAGCAAGUAUGGCGUGAUCACUUCGGCUGUGUUAACUGUGGAUGAAGACGGCAAGCCCACCGGCACUGCAUUCGCCAGCUUUCAAAACCACUCCGAUGCAGUCAGGGUCAUAAAAGCUACUCAGCGCAAAGGCCCCGAUGAAGUUUAUGCCGUACGUGCCUUAAGCAAGGCUGAACGCACGCGCUACAAAUCUCGAAAAGAUGCUAAGGCCACUGAGGCAUCUACCUCCGCCUGA